AUGCCCAUUCUGUCAGAGCGGAAGGCCAUUCAAGCUCUGUCACUGAUCACGGCCGAACGUGGUCAAAGUUUCUCUGAGAUACAGUUGGACGAGUUUGCGAUAUAUAUCGAUAGGGACAAAUUCCCAGAAGAGAUGCGAUCUUUGCAUCAUCUACACACCAAAAUUGGACACAGCAGUUUCUAUUUUGACGGCAUUCUCAGCAUUGGCCAUGCCAAAUUUUAUGUGCGCCGUGUCCCUGUAGCUGCUGUUCCCAUUGGCAAUUACAAUUCAAUUUCAAAGCACACCGUGCGAGACAAUAUCUGGCUUCAAUCGCCUUUAAGUCAUAAAAUGUCGUUAUUUUACAAAUUGGGGAAGCCAGCCAAGGAGUAUGCAAGAUUCUUCUACCCCUUUCUAUGGGUAGCCGAUUUGGCAAAGCAUUUUGUGGACUUUCUCUGCAUAAUGGAGGGAAACAAACGCAGCGUGUCCAUUCAUCAUUUCCGAUCAACCUUUGCCGCAUGGUUGCAGGAGAGCCACGGGAGAUCGCCAGAGUUUACCGAGUGGCUUAAUCAACACCCGAGCGAUGACUACCGAACUUCGAUAGCCGCCAACAUAGGAUUCCUCCACAAAGAGACUCUGGGCGUGUUAGACCAUCGCAAGGCUUAUUCUCAUGCCAUCUGGGCCGAGAUUUGGGAAUUUGAGUCAUUCAAGAGGAAUCCUCCGAAGAUCGAGAUGGCGAAUCCCCCAACAAUCGUCACUCAAUACAUUUACGACUGUUUCAAGCACCUUGCAUUUGGGGAUCGCUUUCAGGUUGUCCCUUUAAGCUUGAAGACCAAGACGCUCCGAAAUGGCUUAAUUCGACAAAGGCAUUUGGAGUUUCCGUCAAAACUUCACCAGUCCACCAAGCCACUCUCUACAGCUGCGAAGGCCCGCAUUGCAAACAUUCGGCCAGGCGAUACCAUAUCAACUCAUCGCGAUGGCGCUGCAUCCGGCACAUUGUGGAAACGAGAGCUAUCUGAGGGUUUCGCUGAUGUAGACCGAUGGUUUGCACUAGUACAGUCUGUUCAUGUGAACAAAAAGGGGGUGCGAACGUUUGAUGUGAUCUGGUAUUACCAACCCGUGGACACUCUCUGCGGCUUAAUGAAGUAUCCAUGGAAAAAUGAGCUCUUUCUUUCGGAUCACUGUUCUUGCGCCGAGGCGUCCAAGAUUGAAGAGAGCGAAGUACUCGGCGUCCACGAUGUUGAUUUCUGGGGAACAUCUACCACAGCUGCGGAACUCUUCUGUCGACAAACAUAUCUCCAAGAAAGCAGAAGGAGACUCCUGCGCCGUCAUAAAGUCGACCCAACCGCUCGGGAUGCUCGGCCAAAUGAGCUUAUAUACAGCGAGCAAACUUGCAAGGUCAGCAGAGACCAAAUCCUGGGCCCAUGUUCUGUAAGGUUCUUUCGAGAUGGCGAUAAGAUUCCUAAGCCGUAUGAUCAUGACGGCACGGGAAAUCUCUUUUACAUCACGCACCGUCAAAUCACCGCUGACGGAGUCUGCAUACCGCUAAAGGAAAAUCCAAUUUCCCUACAUCAAGGCUUUGAUCCACUCCAAGAGUUGCAAAAGCUUCGUGGACUCGAUCUGUUCUGUGGAGGGGGCAAUUUUGGCAGAGGCCUUGAAGACGGCGGAGGUAUCGAGAUGAAAUGGGCAAACGAUUAUGACGCCAAAGCCAUACACACCUCUCUGCCAUCCAAGGCCAGUUUGCAGACAAUGUGCCCCAAAUUGGAGACGUCGACUUUGUGUCGGGCGGCAGCCCCUGUCCUGGCUUCUCCCGUCUAA